GUGUGUUCUUCUUCCUUUGCCGUACUAAGGGCGGGAAUCGAGAGAACUUUGCUGGCUUGGUAGCAGACGCCGACUGGGAGCCUGGAAGGUCCCAGUCUCCGCUUGGCUCUAAAUGGAAUCCCUCAAGUUUAGGCCUCAUAUGUAACGUUUUCCUUGUCCUGGCCAGUUAGUGUUCCGGUAUGUCUCGUGGACGGGAUCGGGUGGUGGCGUUGGCGGACAUGGACUGUUUCUACAUCCAGGUGGAGCAGCGCCUGAACCCCAGUCUGUGCGGCAAGCCGUGUGCCGUGGUACAAUACAAGAAGUGGAAAGGCGGCGGGAUAAUUGCUGUGAGCUAUGAAGCUCGUGCUUUUGGAGUUACCAGGAACAUGUGGGCUGCUGAUGCCAAGAAGAUAUGCCCAGACCUUCUGUUAGCUCGAGUGCCAGAGGCUCAUGGCAAAGCAGAUCUCACAAAGUACCGAGAAGCAAGUGCUAAAGUGAUGGAAGUGAUGACAUGCUUUGCAGUGAUUGAGCGUGCCAGCAUUGACGAGGCCUACAUGGACCUAACUAGUGCUGUGCAGGAGAGGCUUCAGAGGAUGCAAGGACAGCCUGUUGCAGCAGAACAGUUGGCAACCACCUAUAUCCAGGGAUUACCAGAGAGCUCUGCAGCAGAAGAGAACACAGACAGCAAAGAAGAACUGCGGCAGCGUGGCGUGUGCCAGUGGCUUGAGUUGUUGCCUUAUGGAGAUCCUAGCAGCCCAGAGCUGCAACUGACUGUGGGGGCAGUAAUUAUGGAAGAAAUGAGGGCAGCUGUGGAAUCUGCCACUGGAUUUAGGUGUUCAGUGGGAAUUUCUCACAACAAGGUAUUAGCAAAACUGGCCUGUGGUCUCAACAAGCCCAAUCGGCAGACCCUGGUACCACAGGGUUCUAUCCCUAAGCUGUUCAGCAAGAUGCCAAUCAGCAACAUCCGUAGCCUUGGAGGGAAGCUGGGUGCUUCCAUCACUGAACUUCUGGGAGUGGAAUACAUGGGUCAGUUAAUCCACUUCAGUGAAUCACAGCUUCAGACACGUUUUGGAGAUAAGACUGGCUCCUGGUUGUAUGACUUAUGUAGAGGGAUUGAGCAUGAACCUGUAAAACCUAGACAAUUGCCAAAAUCCAUUGGCUGCAGUAAGAACUUUCCUGGAAAAUCAGCAUUGGUUACUCAGAAACAGGUGCAACAUUGGCUGCUGCAGCUGGCCUUGGAGUUAGAAGAGAGACUUAACAAGGACCGAGACCAAAACAAGCGGGUAGCUAAACAGAUGAGUAUUGGGAUCCGUCUAAAGGGUGGUAAACAUGUUAACAGCCUAUCCCGCUGCUGUGCCCUGUCACAUUAUGAUUCCCAGAAAAUCAGCAGAGAUGCAUUUGCUGUCAUCCAGAAUUACAAUACAGCAGGAGGCCAGCAGGCUGCAUGGUCUCCUCCAAUCACACUUCUCCAGCUUUCUGCAAGCAAGUUUAUGGAGGUUUCCACAGUAUCCUCUGACAUCACUACUUUCCUGAGUACUGAUAGCAAGUAUCCCCAGCCCAUUGGUAUCACUGCAACCAGCCCAAAGACUAAGUCUCUUGGAAGCCCCAAAAAAGAGACAAACAAGACUGUGAAUGCAAUUCAGAUUCUCUUUCAAAGGGCAGAAGAAAGGAAACAGGCUCAAGCCAUAGCUGGGUCCUCUUAUCCUGGUGCUACUAAUGCAAAGACAGUACCAUCAGUAGUAGCAUCCACUUCCUGCCAUAAAGAGUUCAUUCCCACCAACAGCCAGAGUCCAGAUAAUCUUUUGGAACAAAGUAUCACCAGUAGGAACUCUGACUUGAAGCACCAGCCCUCUGUAGAACAGGCUUUGUGCAGCUCUGAUGCAGGCCCUAUGGAGACUACUUUGCUUAAAGUAAACACCACAUUGGUAAAAGCAGAAGUGCUCAAGGCCUCUUCAGAGCAACCUGAUCUGCAGAAAGAAAAGAGUGUGCCACUUUCUGUUGGACUUUCUCAAGAGGAAACUGAUAGUGGAAUUCCACACACCAUUACAGGGGACCAAAUCUUAUGUGAAAAGUGUAACCAAAAGGUGUUGAUGUGGGAGUAUUCAGAACAUUUAGACUAUCACUUUGCUGUGGAACUUCAGAACUCUCUGUCAGGACCCAGCUCUGGCAGGCUACCUGGGGCUGCUAACAGCCCUCCAACUAAGGGCAAAAGUAAACCAAGGAGCCCCACAGCCUCUAGUGCCAAACGGGCAAAGAAAGACAUAGUUGGGACACUGGAUUCAUUUUUUAAGCGUCUUCCUCCUUAGAGACUGAAGUUCACCUGGACAGCUGAAGCCUUAUCUCAGUUAAAUUUUUAAUUGUGUCUUAUUCAAAUAUGCCUAAUGAAUUAUUUCCAGCUGGUGCUUUGAGAGCUGCAAGAACUGCUAUGAUAGUUGAAAAACAGCACUUGCUAGACUUUCUGCAGCUCAAGGUGAUAACAGUGUAGUAUCAAGUUGGCACUCAAAGUAAUGCUAUAUCAUUGCUCUCUGAUUAACUGGCUGAUUGCUAUUGAAAACCCAUCUCAUUUUUUUUUAUGAUGAAGUAAAAUAAACACUUCUUAAAUGGG